UCCGGGAGGCCACGGAGGAUCUCCAGCAGGGUACGGUGGGUCUCCUGGGGGUUAUGGGUUGACCCAAGGAGGCUGCGGAGGUUAUUGUAGGUCGCCAUCACCGGGUACUGGAGGGGGAAUGUAUGGCACACCUCCGCACUACGAUAAUAUGCAGGCUCCAAUUCGUCCCAAAGGCAGAGGCAGGGGACGACGUAUGAUGCGCAGACCACGCGCACGUCCAAGGCGCUUUCCCGUUAUGGGCAAUAGAAAAAAUUUCGAACCAACACCAACAGCCGGCUACUCUGCAUUUGAUAACAACCACCAAGAGGGCCCAGCAAGUUCGUAUCAUGAGCUGAGCCAUAUUAACCAUGGAAUGCCGUACUGGGGCAACUCUGCGCAAACAUCACCAGUGCCUCGCGAACUGAACGAGGAAUUGAUCAUGCAAAGUUUACGCAAUUUGGGAGUUUUCGACUACCAAUAUAACAGCAAAGGCACUAACAUGACACCACGCAGAAGGUAUCCGAGGUACACGCAGACAAGUCCUAGACGUCGGCGGAGGUAUGUUGCGCAAACUCAAACAACUCCUCGAACUCCCACGACUCCGAGGACUCCACCUAGAUACCCGUCACCUCCACCGAGAUCUCACAGAGAUAGAACAAAUAGCAGAAAUGAAUCUCCUUAUAUUCACGACACUCCAAGACAUGUUACAUCAAAGCCUACUUCAGUUUCCAGCAAAAAGACAGGGCCGGAUGAAAGCAUAUCUGAGAGCGACAUUCAGGAUAUUUUAGCUGGCAAGAAAAAAACGAAUGCUCCAAUUUAUAUACACUGUGAAUGCAAAAAGUCAGGCGACAGCGAAGAACUCUCUUUGUCUGCAAGAAGCAGUAAGGGUGGUUCAACUAGCCGACUAUCGAAAGGAGGUCGAAAGACCUUGAAACCAGGAACAUCUGAGACUAGAGAAUCGCGAGCGAGCAGCAGAAAGUCUAAAUCGAAAGAGUCCAAGUCAAGAAAGUCAACAGCUAAGGACAGCAAGUCUAAAUCAAAAUCGAGAAGCAAGUCCAAACAUCGAGACUCAGACUCAGAAUCAGAUUACAGCAGUGAAGAAGACUAUGAGAGCUCAUCCGGCUCUGGUUCCAGGUCAAGAUCCAAAUCGAAGUCCAGGUCCAAGUCUGAGUCCAGAUCGAAGUCGAAGCAAAGUUCAAAACAACGGUCAACGAAGGAGGAUUCUAAGAGCAAAUCACGGCAAUCCACAAAACAUGGGUCUUCAAAACAAUCAAAGCACUCCAGGAGUUCAAAAAAGAGUGGAUCACGUGACGAGUCUAAAGGAGGUUCACGCGAUAAAUCGAAAGGAUCUCGAGCAACCAAAGACUCGAGGGCCACCACCGAUUCCAGAGCCAAGACUGGAAGACCUUCGGAUCCAUUGUGGAAAGGGGAAUCGGACAAAGGCAGGGUUCUCAUACUGGAAAUGUAUAAUUUCGUGCGGAUUCAAGACAUGAAAUUUUCGUUGUCUUCUACAGUGCAGAUUUAA